AUGACCGGUGAUGAUUGCAUCUCCAUUGGCCGGGGGAGCAGGCAAGUACGAAUCACAAACGUAAGGUGCGGACACGGGCAUGGCAUUAGUAUUGGAAGUUUAGGAAAGUACGAGAAGGAAGAACCUGUGUCUGGAAUUUAUGUGAAGAAUUGCACAAUAUACGACACCGACAAUGGCGUGAGAAUUAAGACUUGGCCCGCAUUGCAUGGUGGCAGUGUGUCGAAUAUCCAGUUCGAGGAUAUCGUCAUGCAAAACGUCAGCAAUCCCAUAAUUAUAGAUCAAAUGUACUGCCCGCAUAACGAAUGCAAUCGCAAGAUGCCAUCAAAAGUUAAAAUAAGCGACGUCAUCUUCAAGAAUAUUCGAGGAUCGUCAAGAACGCCCACAGCCGUUCAAUUGACAUGCAGCAGCAGCGUACCAUGCAAGAACGUUGAACUUUCUAACGUUAACCUCCAGUACACCGGAUCUAAGGGUCCUGCAAAAUCUAUUUGUACAAAUGUUAAGCCUAAGAUUAUAGGAAAGUUGAUUCCGAGAGGAUGUUAA